CCGCCCUAUGUGUGCAGACGUGCAGCCAGUCACAGGUCGGUGCAGCAGUGUGGUCGGUCACCUAUACAUAUACCGGGCUCGGGGGUGUCGGUCCAGUCAGUGAUGUCCGUAUACAUGGCGGUGAGGUUGGGCCGUGUGCUCCAGGGAAAGUUGCCGAUCUCCCCCAUGUGUGUCCGAACUCUUCAUAUACCGGCGGUCCGCUCCCGGGGCAGAGCUGGCUCCUCCGUACUGCUGGGGGUGGCGGUGGCGGCCGGGCUGGCGGCGGGCUUCUCCCGGGCACAUCGGGUGGAGAUGGCGGCCUCGGUGGAGGACGAUGUGGAUCAGCGCUGUCAGACGUUCAUGGCGGCCCCGGUCACCUCUGUGCAGCACCUGAAGAAGAACAGCUGGGACACCAAGAGCAGAAUGGAGCUUCUCAUCAUGGAGAUCCAGGCCGAGGUGUGCCGGGCAUUGGAGAGGGCUGACGGAGUCAGCUUGGGCUCUUGCUGGAUUGUUCUUGUUGCAGGUGGAGGAGGCGUUAGCUGUGUUCUUCAGGAUAGCAAAGUCUUUGAGAAAGCAGGAGUCAAUGUGUCUGUGGUCCAUGGCUACCUGUCAGAGGAAUCCGUCCAGCAGAUGAAAAGUCGAGGAAAGAAGCUUAAGAUGAAAGAUGGGAAACUUCCUUUCUCUGCUAUGGGAGUCAGUUCAGUGAUCCACCCGAAGAACCCUCACGUCCCCACCAUCCACUUCAACUACAGAUACUUUGAGAUUGAGGAGGCUGAUGGCAAUAAGCAAUGGUGGUUUGGAGGUGGAACAGACCUGACGCCAACGUACCUGAACCAGGAAGAUGUGGUACAUUUCCAUCAGACUCUGAAGGAAGCCUGUGAUAAACACAGCCCUGGGUUCUACCCCAAGUUUAAGAAGUGGUGUGAUGACUACUUUUUCAUCAAGCACAGAGGAGAGCGCAGAGGAGUUGGAGGAAUCUUCUUUGACGAUCUGGACUCCCCAUCUAAAGAGGAGCUCUUCCAAUUUGUACAGAGCUGUGCCAAAUCUGUAGUGCCAUGUUAUAUCCCUAUAGUGAUGAAGCACAAGAGUGACCCUUUCACCCCAGAGGAAAAACACUGGCAGCAGCUAAGAAGAGGACGGUAUGUGGAGUUCAAUCUCGUCUAUGACAGAGGUACAAAGUUUGGCCUUGCAACUCCCGGUUCCAGGAUAGAGAGUAUUCUGAUGUCUCUGCCAUUGACUGCCAGAUGGGAGUACAAUCAUGUCCCACCUCCAGAGUCACGGGAAGCUGAGAUUCUUAAUGUUCUGCGAGAUCCCAAGGACUGGGUGCAUUGAUUUCAUCAAAGUUUUAGUUCAUCUCCUUCUCCACUUUUCCACUUGUGCCUUGAAAAUGAACUUCUG